UAUUGUUUUGUUUUACUGGUUGUUCCAGACGUUGCGAGGACUGGGGACUCUUAUUUUGAAAAGAAAAACCGUCAUCUGGAGUCACAUGACCGGUCUGCUCUCUGGACACAGCACACAUGUCCUCUGUGUUCAGAGCGAUGUCCAAAUUCCGUCUGGCGGUGGUCCAGCUGCACGUGACGAGUGUGAAGGCGGAAAACCUGAACAGAGCCCGGGGACUGGUGAGGGAGGCGGCCGGGAGAGGAGGACAGCUGGUGCUGCUGCCGGAAUGCUUCAAUUCUCCGUACGGGACCAGCUUCUUCUCUCAGUACGCGGAGCGGAUCCCCGGAGAGACCAGUCAGCUGCUGUCAGACACCGCCAAGGAGAACCAGGUGUAUCUGGUGGGAGGGUCGAUCCCUGAGGAGGACGGAGGGAAGCUCUAUAACAGCUGUUUGGUGUUCGGUCCUGAUGGAGAGCUGAUCCUCAAACACAGGAAGAUUCACCUCUUUGACAUCGACGUUCCGGGUAAAAUCCGCUUCCAGGAGUCCGAGACUCUGAGUCCGGGGAGCACUUUGUCCACGUUCGAUACCCCUUUCUGUAAAGUGGGCGUGGGGAUCUGCUACGACAUGAGGUUUGCAGAGCUCGCUCAGCUCUACAGCCGGAGAGGAUGUCAGCUGCUGGUUUACCCCGGAGCCUUCAACAUGACCACGGGGCCGGCUCACUGGGAGCUCCUGCAGAGGGGGAGGGCGGUGGAUAACCAGGUGUACGUGGCCACAGCGUCUCCGGCCAGAGACGAGACGGCUUCAUACGUGGCCUGGGGUCACAGCACCGUCGUUAACCCCUGGGGUGAAGUGAUCUCAAAGGCCGGAGCAGAGGAGGCCGUUAUUUACGCCGACGUUGACCUGCAGUAUUUGGCCGACAUCCGGCAGCAGAUCCCCGUCACGGCUCAGCGGCGUGACGACCUCUACACGGUGACCUCUGUGAAGGAAACAGCCAGCUGAUCAUGUGACCUCCAGAGGAAGAGAAGAUCUGAACAAAACAAGACAUUUGAAGACUUCAUCUCAGGAAACACGGAUGGACAUUUUACAUCUUUUUAUCAAAUGUCGAAUAACAAUUAAUCGAUUAAUCAAUAAGAAGACAAUCGCCAGAUUAAUCGACAGUGAGUUUAAUCUCUACAUUGGAUCUUUUAAUCACGUUCAUAUUAUUGGAAAUCAAACCUUUGGUUUCAUGAUAAAAAACACAAGUAGAAAUAUUUUUGUCUUUCUGUUUUUCCUUUUGAUUCAAAUGUAAAUUGUCACAUUUUCUGUAUAAAUGUAAAUAAAACAGCUGAA